AUGUUUUCAAUUAAUUUAGUAACUUUGGAUAGUUAUCAAUCAAUUCCAAUUCCAGAAUUGGAUGUGACAUUUUCAAACUUCCGAGGAAAUGAAAUCAAACAAGUUCCAGUUAUUAGAAUAUUUGGAUCUACUAUUUCUGGAAUAAAAACAUGUGUACACAUUCAUGGAGUAUUUCCAUAUCUGUAUAUACCAUGUAUAGUAAAUAACAAUACUGAUAGCUUUAUGUAUAAAUUGGCAGCAGCAAUAGAUUCUGCGAUAAAUGUAUCUUUGGGAUCCGCAGUGUCUAAUACUCAACAUAUUUACAAAAUUCAACAGGUUUCUGGAAUUCCACUUUAUGGAUAUCAUGAAAAGGAACAUUUGUUUUUUAAAAUAUAUUUUUAUAACCCAGUUAUGAUCAAACGCGCAGCGGAUUUAUUACAAAAUGGUACAAUACUGAAUCAGAGCUUACAACCACAUGAAGCACAUAUACCUUUUAUUUUGCAAUUUAUGAUUGAUUACAAUCUUUAUGGUAUGAGUCUAAUAAACUUGAAAAAUGUUAAAUUCAGGCAGUGCAUACAUACAAAAUCAAAAGAAAAUUUUCAAAAUGAAAGCUUAUUAAAUUUAUUUGAUUCACAAAAUUUCCUUCCUGCAUCUAUUCUUAAUCAAAGUAUCUGCAAAUUGGAAGUAGAUGCACAAGCAUAUGAAAUACUUAAUAAACAAGAAAUUCACAAUGGUAUAGAUUUAAAUCCUGGUAUUGCAACCAUUUGGAAUGAAGAAAAAUACAGAAGAAAAGCAAAAUGUUUACAGAGUGUUGAAUCACAGUUGUUAUAUACUAAUAUUGAAGAUAGAAUUUAUGAUUUAACAGAGAAUGAUAUUUAUCAAGAAAAAAGAUUAAUAGAAAGAUUAAAAUCUGCGUCACAGAUAAAUGAAAAUGUAACACCACUAAUAUCAAAAACAUCAAAUUACCCCCUAGAAGUAGAAAAUGAAGAUAAUUCAUUUGGUGCUUUACGUGUUUCAAAUCAUUUUAAAUCUUCAGAGUUAAAUAAACAAAAUAAAAAUGAAACAUCGCUAAAUAAUGAUUUGUUAGAGUUUGAGAAAUCUGUGAUAAAUGAAAGUUUACAUCAAGAUAAAACGAUAGAAAAUAGUAUUUUGGAUUCAGAAGAUAUGUAUUUAGUCGAAAUAUUAGCUGACUUAGUAGAAGAAACUGAAGAAAACAAAAUUGUAGAUAAUGAUAGUAUGUUAGGCUCUCAGUUCUCCAUGUUGAAUGAUCAAAUCAAGGAGGAUAAUGAAGAUGAUGAAAUUGAAGAUUUGAACAUUACUAGUUUGGAUUUAGAUAGUCUUAGUUCAUGGAAUUCAAUUAUUACUGAAAAUGAAACUAAAGAAAAUGAAGAUUAUAAAAAAACAGAUUGCAAAACUGAACAUAAUACUGAAAGUACUUCUUUAAUGGAUUUUCCUCAGUAUGAUGGUUCCAAUGAUAUGAUUUUGAAAUGUGAAAAGCAAUUGUCAAAGUGGCAUACUAAAAAUGAAAUGAGGAAGAAGAAAAAAGUAUAUACAAAAUUAAAAAAAUAUAUGUUGCAUUUCUUUAAUAACAGAAGUAGGACAUUGAAUGAAAUAAAGUUUAUAAGCAUUCAAAUAAAUUUUAACCAUUUGCAAAAUGAGUUAGUACUUUUAAAAACAAUUAUGUCUGAUAUCAUAUUACCUAAAUAUUUCACAUCUUACCAAACACAAAUUCCACAAUUUAAAAGCAAACAUAGCAAAAUAGUACAAAUUAAUAGAAGGCAGCUAUCAUGUUACAACAAUAUGAAUUUAUAUAAAUUAGACCAUCAAGAUUUAGAUGUUUAUGACGUUGAUGAAAUUGAAAAUACAUUAACAAUAAAUAAUUAUAAACAUUUAAAACAUACAACAGAUUUUGGAAGCGAUUUUAAUCAAAUGAAAUAUAAUAAAUCAUUUUAUAUGAUUAAUAGUAUUUUAAACAAAUUAAAUACACCAGCACUUGAUGGUAAUAUUAUUGAUAGCUCUAGUGAUUCUGAUUUAGAUCAAGAUAUUACUGUUAAUAAGGAAGAGAGAUGCAUUUGUGUUCUUAAAUCAUGUAUGAAAUCAAAAAGUGACAAUAAUGUUAUUAAUAUUUCAUUGAAUAAACGAAAGCAUGAAUCAGAAAAUCCAAAUUUACAAUCUUUGUGCAAACGACGUAAUAUUAUUCCAAAUUAUUCACAAAAUGAACCAUAUCAUACUCCAACUAAACUAAAAACUGUACACAAUUCAUGCCCUGUUUCAAAAAAAUAUUCUCCACUCAAUAUAAAAAUAAUAUCUCCAAAAAAGGAUAAAAGUACUGAAAAUAAUGAAUCUUGUAGUUCGAAAGUUAGUAGUACCACUUUGAAAUGGAGCAACCAACAUUUGAAAAUGAAUUCAUUUCACGAGAAAAUAAAUAAUUUUAUUUUAGAGGCAAAUCAGACACUCUUUAUAGAAAACAAAACUUUAAAUACUAACAGUACACAUACAAUUAUUUAUAAUAAGCAUAAAGACAGUACAAACACAGAAGAAAAGUUAAUUGAUCUAGAAAAGAAGGAUAAUGCAUUAAGAACAGAUAUUAAAACACAAGUUAUCUGUAAAAAUAACAAAGAUGUACGUAAGAGAUUAAGUUUUGUGAAUACCAAUAUAGAAGAAAUUAGUCCUUUAAAGGAUAACACAGAUAAAUAUUGUUUUAACAAAUUAUCUUUGAGAGAAAAAAUAUUAAAUGAUACUGACAAAAGCAAUGAUUCUGCAAUUAGUUUUAUAAUGAACUCUAUUGAUAAUAAAAAUUCUAUACAGUCAGAUAUGAAAGAAGAUGAGAAAGUGAAUUAUAAACAUGAUUUACCAAGUACAUCAAAGACUAAUGUACAUUUGUAUGUAGAUAAUGUUUCAAAUAAAAUAUCACUAAUGAACAGAAAUACAGAUGAAGGCAAUAUUUAUAACAUGACAUAUACACAAUAUCUUAAUAGAAAAUUAGAAUUUGAAUUAAAUACUUCAAAUAUUACAUCAUUAGAAAGUACAAGUGGUGUUAUAAAAACUAAAUUAAUUAUUAUUACAACUAAAUUUAAUCCACCAAGUAAAGAAAGAAUUAUAAACUCAAUGAAAACAUACAAUAUUUUAACAUCAAAAUAUAGUAUACCAUUCUUCAGUAAUAAAGUUGAUUUUAUAAAGUUCAAGCAAGGUGGAAAUUUAAGUAAUAGCAUUUACAAUAUAACUCCAUUUAAAUGUAGCUUGGAUAGAAUUACAGGUAUUAACCUCUGGCGUCGGGUGAAAAUAAACGAAUUUUAUCCUUCUGGUUCAAGCAUAAAAUCUUGCAAUAUAAAAAAAGUUUUAGCUGGGUUCAAUGUCUUAAUAAUUCAUUCUAUUAUUCAGCCACCAACAUUAAAAAAUGUUAAAAUUUGGUUACAAACCAAAAAGUAUUUAUUAAAAAAAAACAGUUUACAGAAAGGAAUAAAAGACAAUAUUGAUAUUCUAAAAAACGCAAAAGAAGAUGAUAUAUUUAGAAAGACACCUACUGAUAAUCAUUCACAGUAUUCUAAUAAUUUAGAGUAUUCAAAUAGAUGUAAUAGUUUCAACUUUUCUUUACGAAAAAUACUGGAAAAUCCGCUGUUAUACAAAAAUAAUGAUACACAACAUCCAGGCAUUUCAUGUGGACAAAUUGAAUAUUCUCUAAAAGAAUAUAGUGGUGGUAUAGAAAAUGAAAAUGUUCAAAAUGCCAAGGGUCUAACUGUGCAUCAAUAUUUGACAAUAUUAGCAGUAGAAAUACAUAUUAUUACACGUGAUAAAUUACUUCCUGAUCCAGAUCAUGAUCCAAUUGAAGGAAUAUUUUAUGCUAUUUAUAAUGAUGUUCCACUGUCUCAAAAAAUUGAACAAAUAGAACAUGGUGCUAUACUUGUAAAUUCAUCUAUACAAAAUUCAAAAGUAAAAGAUAUACAUUCAACUAGUACAUGUAUUACAUCAUAUGUAUCGAGUGAAGAGGAUUUGCUGAAUAGCCUUAUAAUAUUAGUUAGACAUUGUGAUCCAGAUAUUUUAAUUGGUUGGGAAAUAGAAUCUCUUUCAUGGGGAUAUAUUUUUCAUAGAGCUUCUGUUAUUGGUUUACACGAUUUUACGCAACAAAUUUCAAGAAUUUUAAAUACUGUUCCAACAUCCAAAAAGCAGAUAUCUGAUAAAAAUAAUUUUAAUGAUGUAAAAAUACCAGGUCGAAUUAUUCUUGAUGUUUGGAGAAUAAUGCGUCACGAAGUAGCAUUAUUAAGUUAUACAUUUGAAAAUGUUAUGUAUAAUGUCAUGCAUGAAAGAAUUUCAUGUCCUACUUUUAAAAUUUUAACAGCUUGGUGGAAUUGUAAAAAUGUAACAAUACAAUGGAGAAUUGUUACUCAUUACAUCAUAAGAGUUGUGGGUACAUUGAGAAUAUUAAUUCAUCUUGAUAUCAUUGGUCGAACAUGUGAGCACGCACGACUUUUUGGAAUACAAUUUUAUGAAGUUUUCUCAAGAGGUUCUCAGUUUCGAGUAGAGUCAAUGAUGUUAAGACUGGCAAAACCUCUGAAUUAUAUUGCAGUUUCACCCUCUAUACAACAGAGAGCACGAAUGCGCGCUCCAGAAUCUUUACCACUUAUUAUGGAACCACAAUCUGCAUUCUAUACUGAUCCAUUAAUUGUUUUGGAUUUUCAAAGUUUAUAUCCAAGCAUUAUUAUUGCUUAUAAUUAUUGCUUUUCUACAUGUUUAGGUCGUGUAGAGCAUAUUGGCCAUUAUGAGCCAUAUGAAUUUGGUGCAACAACAUUAAAAAUAAAAAAGGAUACUGUUAAAAAAUUAUUGGGGAAAAUAAAUUUUGCACCUUGUGGUGUAGCAUUUGUAAAACCAGAAAUACGUAUGGGAAUAUUACCACGUAUGCUUACAGAAAUUUUAAAUACCCGCAUUAUGGUGAAGGAGUCUAUGAAACUUCAUGGAAAUAAAAAUCACACAUUACAACGUAUUCUUCAUUCACAGCAAUUAGGUCUUAAAUUAAUUGCAAAUGUGACUUAUGGUUAUACAGCUGCUAAUUUUAGUGGCAGAAUGCCUUGUAUUGAGAUAGGAGACAGUGUUGUUAGUAAAGGAAGGGAAACAUUAGAACAAGCAAUUAAAAUAAUAGAAUCUACACCUAAAUGGGGAGCUGAAGUUGUUUAUGGUGAUACAGAUUCAUUAUUCAUUCUUUUACGUGGAAAAACAAGAAAAGAUGCAUUUGCAAUUGGAGCUGAAAUUGCUAAUACCAUUACUGCAGCUAAUCCUCCACCUAUAAAACUUAAAUUUGAAAAAGUUUUACAACCAUCAAUAUUACAGACUAAAAAGAGAUAUUGUGGUUAUAUGUAUGAAUCUCCAGACCAAAAAGAACCUGAAUAUUUAGCAAAGGGUAUUGAAACUGUUCGUAGAGAUGGUUGUCCAGCUGUAGCUAAGAUACUUGAAAAAACAUUAAAAAUCUUAUUUGAUACAAAGGAUCUCUCCUUAGUUAAACUAUAUGUCACUAGACAAUUUGAUAAAAUUUUACGUAAAAAAAUAUCACUUCAAGAUUUAACCUUUGCAAAAGAAUUUCGUGGCUUGCAUGGUUAUAAAACUAGUGCUUGUGUACCUGCUUUAGAAUUAACACGAAGGUUGAUGCGCAAAGAUCCAAGGGAAAUCCCCCGUACUGGUGAAAGAGUCCGAUAUAUUAUAGUAGCUGGAGCACCAAAUCAGCCAUUAAUUCAAUGUGUACGAACUCCAAUUGAAGUCAUUUCAGAUGAAGGCUUAACUCCAAAUUCAAUAUAUUACAUAACAAAAGUUAUUAUACCACCUCUUAAUCGAUGUUUAAAUUUAAUUAAUAUUGAUACUAAUGCAUGGUAUAGAGAAAUGAUCCAUCGUGAAACACCUGAUAAAGUAGUUACUUUGUGCAUGAACAAUCAGAAACAGACUAUUCGGCAGUUUUUUAGUACUGUUGUAUGUGCUGCUUGUGGAAAUCAAACGCAAAGAGAUAUCUGUAUUAAUUGUGUAGCAAAGCCAAGUCAAACAGUUACUAUUUUACAUGAAAAAUUACGAUGGUUGGAACGUACUCAUCAUGAACUUACUAUGAUGUGUCAGUGUUGUACUGGUUAUUUAGAUGAACCAAAAUGUGAAUCUCUAGAUUGUCCAGUUUUAUAUCGCUUAAUGGAAGCUAGGAGAGAUCUUGUCCAAAUACCUUAUUUACAUGAUAUUAUUAACAAUGACGAUAAUUUCUCUAUCGAAAGGAGAAAUAUAGGAAAACAAUUUGUAUUUUAUUAG